CUUUCAUUCAUAACACAUAGAAAUGUUUCUUUCAAAAAAAGAAAGAGCAUCAAAAAGCUUACGUAGACUAACAAAGACAAAGAUUUCAACACCGGUUGCUCAAGUCAACACUUUAGAUUUACCAAAAAAGAUCAUUAAAGCUCUUUACGAUUAUCAAGCAAAGGGGUCUCAUGAAAUUUCAUUUAAAAAGGGGGACUUUUUUCAUGUUACAGGGAGAGAAAAUGAUCCGGAAUGGUUUGAAGCUUGUAACCCUGCUUCAAACUUGAAAGGUCUUGUUCCUGUAUCUUAUUUCCAAGUGAUUGACAAAACAGAGAGAAGUUUAUUUGCUAAUCGUCCUACUUCUUCUUCAACUACUUCCUCCAAUACCUUAACUUCUGAGUUAGACUCAGGGUUUUCUGACUUGUCUAUUCAUGGCCAAAAUGGAACUUCUAUGAGUAACAAUAAAAAAAAACAUCAAAUAUAUGGGGUCGUUAUGUAUGAUUUCAAAGCUGAAAGACCUGACGAAUUAGAGGCUCAAGCAGGAGAAGCGAUUGUAGUGAUUGCCCAAUCAAAUCAUGAAUGGCUUGUAGCUAAGCCAAUUGGUCGUUUGGGUGGCCCGGGAUUAAUCCCUGUUUCAUUUGUACAAAUUCGCGACGCAGUAACAGGUGAAUUAAUUAUGGAUAAUGAUCAUCAAGGUCAACAACAUAUAUCAAAUCAUUUAUUAGGUGUAGAAGAUUGGAAAAAACAAGCACAAAAUUAUGAAACCUCUAGUAUUCCUUUAGGUAUCUUUGAAUCUUCCUCUCCUUCAAAUAGUAGAUCAAGAGUCUCCGCUACUUCUUCAGUUUCUACUACUUAUGAAAUUGUCACUUUUGCUUCUGUUGAUUCUUACAUAUUAGAAGGAGAUCAAUAUUGGUUUGUUGUUUAUGCACGUGUUAAUGAAAACUGUCAUCGUAUAUUAUAUCGCCUAUAUGAAGAUUUCUAUGAUUUUCAACUUAGUUUAUUACAAGCUUAUCCUAUUGAAGCGGGUAAAGCGGAUCGAGAGAGGAUAUUACCUUAUAUGCCUGGUCCAUUAACCUAUGUGGAUGAAACCAUUACAUCUGAAAGACGAAUAGAUUUAGAUCGAUACUGUAAAGAGCUUUUAAAUCUUCCAAAGUAUUUAUCAGAAAGUGAGCUUGUUCAAAGACAACUCUUUGGUAUUCAUGAAGGUGAUAUUGAAUUAGAUUAUGAUCCACGUGUAGUGAACAAGGAGACUAUAACGACGUCAGAACAAACAGUGCAGCAGCAAAUUAAAAUCAAAAUUAUUUAUAAAGAUGAUAUAUUCGCUAUGAAAGUGCCCGCAAAUUGUUCUUUAGAUCAUCUAACAUCGAAAGUUCAAGAAAGAAUUGGAGAAAAAGUAAAAAUGGAAUAUAAAAAUGAAGCAACUGACAAAAAUGAACCAUUAGAAAAUGAAAUAGAUAUGGAAGAAGCAUUUGUGCAAGCAAUUCAAAAAGGAAAAUUAACAGUUACUGCAGUUCUUAGUAGUGAUUAAUGUAUCUAUUUACUUGUAAUUAUGUCUUUUUUCUUUCUUUCUUUCUUUCUCUCUUUCUCGAAGAAGACGAAGAAAGCUGUAUUAUUAUUAUAUUUAUUACGUGUAUAUAUAACAAAUGUUACUUUAGUGAAGUAAACUAAAAAAAAA